UGUACAAUUGUGUGACAACGAGAAUGGAGUGAGAUGUCCCAAAAUACUAUCUUCAAGGGCAGCCUGGUGGGAUCAUAGUGGGAAUACACUACUCCAAGCUAACUAAACUACUUAUUUAGCUCAAGAGGGUCAGGUUCGGUUGUUCGUGAAGCUGCGUUGGGCUCGUUUUCAUCACAGACAUCAGAGAUGUUGUAGUGUAUACAUAAUUGAGAACUGUUGUAAGCGGCUUGCCUUCACUACUUAAAUCUUUGCAUUCAACACUGGAACUAGAGUUACUUCAGUGAAGGGACGUGCAGGUGGCUGCUAGAGUGGACGACACGAUGCCGUUUUAUGCUGUGCGGCACGGCGCCUCUCCUGGUGUCUAUAAGACCUGGGACGAAUGCAAGGCACAAGUCAAUGGAUUUUCAGGGGCAAGGUAUAAGAAAUUCUCAACCAUGCCGGAGGCAAUGGACUUCAUUGAGGCACGGGAUGGCGUUGGUAGAGGUGCCGGUAUUAGCGGCGCUGCAACUAGAGGGCAUAGUGUUGCACAAGCUCAUGGCGGCGGAGGCAGCAGUCGGUUCAGCCUUGACCAGACCGUCCCCAUUGCGAAAGUGAAGUAUGCUGGGAAACGCAGCCGUGACUACCAAAGCGACCAGCCGCACAACAAACUAUAUGGUUAUGAUAAUGCAGAUGUACCCGUAUCUGAAUCGGAUUCCGACGAAGACUAUGGGUAUUCCACACCGAAGAAGUCCAAUGUGCGAUCUGCUACUCGUGCUACAAAUCGCUCAGCAUCCAAAACACGAACAAGCAAUCCCAGGGAACCGCAGCCCGUAAAACUUGGCAGCAGGCCUGUGGUGUUCGUAGAUGGUGCAUGUUCGAACAAUGGUAACUAUGGUGGCGAAGCAAAGGCCGGCGUUGGCGUUCAUUGGCCAAGCGGCAUAGCGCCGGACUUGCGUGAGCCACUGCCCGGUGCUAAGCAGAGCAACCAGCGGGCAGAGAUGAUGGCUGCGUGCCGUGCCAUGGAGCAAGCUUAUAGUGCAGGCCUGUCGACUAUCGAGAUCUGCUCGGAUAGUAUGUACACGAUUAAAGGCGUCAACGAGUGGAUGGCAAAUUGGAAAAAGCGCAACUGGGUGACGACGGCUUCGAAACCUGUAGAGAACCGUGACCUCUGGCAGCGGCUUGACACUCUCACUAAUAAAGUCAAUGUGAAGUGGACACAUGUGCGUGGGCAUGUGGGCAUUGUGGGCAACGAGCGUGCCGAUCUCUUGGCCCGACAGGGGCAAAAUGCGAAGCAAGCAUGACAAUAGCUUCCACCACCAUUCACCUAUUCAUUGCACGCAAGAGAAUAUACUGAAACUGGCCAUUGAUCACAGUUUUACUAUUCUCGCUGUUCUGCUACAGUUGACCGCAUAGAACUAGUUCAGUCCAGUGUAGCUUGCCCUGGGUCAUUUGUUCCGUGUUAAGUUUUACUUCUCCCACAAUGAACCGCAAGGACGAGAGGAAUGGUUUUCGCAUCGGGUUUGGCAAUCUUUUCAGCAUUACACCUUUUUACUGUACUAUUUUGAGUAUUUUCCAACCGUACUUUUUUUAUCAUCGGGUGCAGUUUCUUUCGGUUGAAUGUGUUUGUACCAUGAUCUAAGUUAUAAAAACAAGAAGGCUCUUUUACUUUGAUUCAGUCUUUGAUUACUUAUUUUUUUACAAGAUAGUUGUCAGGACGGUUUGGUGCUCACAACACUGAUACAACUUCUAAUGAUUUAUUUUGAAAACGUCUCACCAGGUGUGCAAAUUUAACUCAGAUACUGAGCCGGUAAA